GCCUCUAGCAUCUGUCUGCGGAUCAAUGAAACAUACAAACACUCUCAAGCCAAUCCAGCCUGACCCCUGCACAUUGCCGCGAAGCCACAAUGAGGGAUGUUCACACUGGAAAUGAACAAUUGAACUCACAUAACCUUACCCAGGUACCGGUUGUAGUAUUGUUCAUUCACAGAACAACACCAACAACAUAAUUUGACCCCUCUCGAUUACUUCGAACUUCUUUCGAGGAAACCAACAACACUCUCUUAAACAUCCAUUCACUUGUUUACUUUCAAUCUUUAUUAAUAGUCUCUUUCCUUUCAUGUUUACGAUAACGGAAGAGGAUCCCAUAGAUAUUCCAGACACAACAGUACUGGCCCGCGAGGCUACAGUUUACGGGCUAGACGUCCCAUUUCCAAUGACGACGAGCUUGACAUUGGUCCUCUAAUACCAGAGGCUCCUCUUAUGAAACAGAGGAUAGAAUUGUUAUAUUCAAUCGCAUGCGACAUUUGUUCUUAGCUUGCAAAUCACAAAGCAUACAUCAUGGAGGAGCCAGAGAAAGAGAGCCUGGAUGGCUCGUCCAUAAAACCAGUUUCGUCUCUGCGGUCCCAUUUCGAACAAAUGGCGAAUGCCCAACCGACCAACAACACUGCUACAAGAGGAGUUUCCCCAAAAGGUUUGAGGAAUACUGCUAGUCCUGGAGAUCCUGUCAGAGUAGCGCCAACCAUACCGAAUCGACCGGAGUCAGUAACGCAUUUAGCGGAGUCAGUUCAGUCUGUGAGAGGUCGUGAUGUAGAAGCAACUGAUGUUACACUGCGGCCUCCGCGUGCGAAUGGCGGUCGAAAGUUAUCUCCCUCACCUACUCGUAUUAUUACUCCUUCUCCAAGGCCAAUAUCAACUGCCCCUCCCGCCGUCACUGUUCAGCCACCUCAAUCACCUCCAAAGUUAAAGAAUCUGAAUCUUUCAUUGGCAAACACCUCUGCGUACUUAUCGACAGAUGCACCUUUUUCGGCCUCAUUCAAUAGUUCCUCCCAGGGCCAUUUUAAAAUCCCUAGUCGGUCGAAUACACCUUUGGCGGAGACCAAAAACUCGUCUUCUUACCCAUCUUCACUUCCGCCCUCGCCACCUCCUCCUAGACGAUCGGGUGAGGUGAGAAGGAAUUCAUCUUUUAAGGCUGGACCCCCGCCGAUCAAUCGCGCCGACAAACCUAAGAUAUCAAGUAAACCAGUAGGGUUCAGUUCAAGCGCAGAAAGUGUGAACUUAGCUCCUAUAUCCGUUCAGAUACCUAUAGAAAAGACAUCUCCAUUUAGUACCCCUCCAAGUAGUGGAGGAAGUGUCGAAAACGAAUAUCCAGUAGCGCCACCAUUACCACGAAAUAGGCCACGACCAGUCUCCUAUACUCCUUCAUCUAGAUCUUUCGAGCCACCCCCUAGACAUCAUUCCGUUUCAAGUAGACAGAGAGAUCAGGAGACCAAUGGUCUAGGUCGAGCUAUAAUAUCCCCGCAAUUUACGGGGGGAGACCGAAGACCUGCGUUACCUAGCCGCCCAAUGCCACCACCUCCUCGACCUCCCGUUGACAGAUCAAGACCGCCAGUGACUAAUGCUAUGCCGGUCGACAACGGACCACAUUUCGUAACCCCUCCAAAAAGAGUUCUUUCAAACCCUACGGCCCAGUUACAGACUCCACCUAGAUCCCAUGGGAGAUCUAUGACAGUUGAUAGGACAAGCGAUAAAACGCCGGCUGAGUUCAGAACUCCGAUGGUGUCUGUGUCAACUAGAACCGACCAUCGUCCUUCGAGUGAUGUGCCUUCCACACCAGUGACCAGGGAAGGUCUAUCUUUCAAGGCAGGCGAAUAUCCGGAUACCUCUCACUCAAACCGUAGACCUCCAUAUUUUACCAAGGGAGCAUACGAAAUAUCAACGAAGUAUGAUACUCGCAUUCUAGAUGUUUGCGGAGAAUACGUAUGCACCACUGGUCACGCAACUAAGGUUUGGAGUCUACUAGACGGAAGUGUAGUCAUGAACCUAGCCCAUACCGAGGGGAUUAAACUCGUAUCUGUAGCUUUCAAGCCAGCAGCGGAAGUGCAAAAUGAGGGCACAAGGCUAUGGUUAGGUAACAACAUUGGAGAUUUGGCUGAGGUUGAUAUUUCAAGCGGAAGCAUUGUCGCGAGCAAGUCCAACGCCCACACUCGUCGUGAGAUAAUUAAAAUUUAUCGACACUUGAACGAAUUAUGGACACUUGAUGAUGGUGGAACAUUGCAUUUAUGGGCUUCAGACGACACUGGUGAACCUAAUUUGACCAACAAUCCAUCACAAAGCUAUCGACUUCCGAAAGGUCAUACAUUUUCGCUGGUUAUCGAUGGUGAAUUGUGGCACGCAGCAGGCAAAGAUAUACGAGUUUUUAUCCCGACACUAGAUGGAAGCUCACAGUUUCAGGUUUUACAACGCCCCAUUCAUCAACCAGAUGCUGGUGAAAUAACAUCGGGUGCUGUCAUAAGUUCUCAGCCUGACCGUAUAUACUUUGGUCAUGUUGAUGGAAAAGUAAGCAUAUAUUCUCGACAUGAUUAUGCAUGCCUAGGAAUAGUAAAUAUCAGCGUCUAUAAAAUCACAUCUCUUGCCGGUGUAGGUAGUAAUCUUUGGGCUGGCUUUAGUACGGGCAUGGUAUAUGUAUAUGAUACCACUCACACUCCAUGGAUCGUAAAGAAGGACUGGCGUGCUCAUCAUGAUCCACUUAUUGGCCUAUUUGUUGACCGUAGCAGCUUUUGGAUGCUUGAUCGGGAACAUGUCAUCUCCUUGGGCCAGGACAAUAUGGUACGAGCAUGGGAUGGCCUGCUUCAGGAUGAUUGGAUGGAGCAACAGAUGCAAUCUCAAGAAGCAGAUUUCUGCAAACUUAGCCCAAUCAAGACUUUAGUCAUGACGUGGAACGCGGGCGCGUCUACUCCAUAUCAUCUUCAACAAUCCGAUCAGGAUUCGAGGUUCUUGCCUCAACUGCUUCAAGACAGCGAUCGACCAGAUAUCUUAGUCUUCGGAUUCCAGGAAUUGGUUGAUCUAGAAGACAAAAAGACUACCGCUAAAAGUUUUUUCAAAUCGAAGAAGAAGGAGAAGGACUCCGAUCAUGAACACAUGAGCCACCAAUAUCGAAACUGGCGAGACUUCCUUACCCGGUGUUUAGAUGAUUAUGUCCAGGGUGAGAUAUACCACUUGCUUCACACCGCAAAUCUAGUUGGCCUAUUCACAUGCGUAUUUGUUCGAUCUCCACUUCUACCACGAAUCAAGAAUAUCAAUGCCGCUGAAAUUAAGAGAGGUAUGGGCGGACUCCAUGGGAACAAGGGCGCAUUGAUUCUUCGAUUUACGCUGGAUGAUACAUCGAUGUGCUUCAUCAACUGCCAUCUUGCUGCUGGACAGACCCAAACGAAAGAUAGAAACACAGACAUAAGUAUGAUUCUCGAAAGCCAGGUUCUGCCUGCAGAACGCGAUCACAGUGUCCGUAUAGAUAGUUUUGUGGGAGGCGGUGAUGGAACAAUGAUUCUCGAUCAUGAAAUCUGCAUUUUGAAUGGCGAUUUGAACUACCGUAUCGAUACAAUGGGCAGAGAUACUGUGGUUAAUGCGGUAAAAGCUAAUAACUUGGCAAAACUUCUUGAGCGAGAUCAACUUCUUGCCUCAAAACGCAAAAACCCAUGGUUUCGAUUACGCGCUUUUCACGAACUACCCAUCACUUUCGCGCCGACCUAUAAAUACGAUGUAGGGACCGAUAAUUAUGACACGAGUGAGAAGAAAAGAGCACCCGCGUGGUGUGAUCGAUUACUAUACCGUGGACACAAUCGUGUGGAGCAGCUCGAUUACCGUCGACAUGAGGUUCGAGUGUCUGAUCAUAGACCCGUAACUGGAUUAUUUCACAUGGUUAUUAAAUCCAUUUCACCCCAGAAGCGUGCCGUGAAAUGGGAAGAAUGUUUACAAAACUUUAAAAUUUUGAAAGAAAAGCUUGGAUCGGAAGCAAGACUUGAUUAUCUCACCAAUGUUCUGGGUUUCGAUCCGGCGACUAGUCAACAGAUAGUUUCAUCGGGGCCGGGAACUUAUGGGGGCCGUUGAUUAGCUUCAUCAACAUUCCAGGCUAGAAGUUCCAACACACAAAGUAAAAAGACAUAGAUUAUACUUCACCGUGAGUCAAGUAUUAAAAUGCGAGGAGCAGAAAGGCUAGACCUCAUACCCCUUAGAGGUUACCAGCUCAAGAUAUUGGACAUGGAAUAUGAGAUAUGGAACAUGGGAUAUGGAAUAUGUGCCAGCAAAAUCAUCUAGUAUUUCGUGUGGUUUAGGAAUGGACACGUGAUGAAUAGUCCUGAGAGGACUAAUGAAGUAGCGCACGUCAUGAUGUACAAGCCUGGCUCGAAUGGCUGGUGGUUCUUUCAAUGUUGCCCCACUAUUCAGGUACAAUCCCCGCAGUAUAGAAAGUGUUUCCAUCAUAGAUACAACAGAUGACGAUAUGAACAUGAAUAUGAAGAAGAAAGAAUAGCUAGGAGGCAACUUGUAUGUAGGCACGUAGGUAUGCAGGUAUGCAGGUAUGUACCUCAUUGAGAAUUCGAAAAGUUAAUUGAGACAGUAUGUAAAUAUCAACUUAAACUGUCCUA